AUGUCGUUAGAAGUGGUUAAUUUGAAAAGAAAAAAACCUAACGAACAAUUUUGCUUAUUCUGCGAUAAUUCAAGUGAAUUAGUGAAGAACCCGAGGCCAAGUACGUUGCUUCAUAUCAAAGAAGCAGCAAAUAGGAGAAAGGACAGCAUUAGUGACAAGUUUUCAAAACUAUAUGAUCCAGACUCCACAAAACAAGAAUUUUCAUGGCAUCAAGACUGUUUAGCCACUUAUACAAGUGAGGAGAAAAUAAGGCGUCGAGAAAUUGCGUUGCAUAAAAAAGAAGAAGAAGAAGUGUCUGCUUCAACUUCCAAAGCAAACGUGGAGGAGCUGACUCCAAAAUCUCGUUCGUCAUCAAGGGAACCGGCAGCGUUGAAAAAAUCGUUGAAAUGCAUAUUUUGUAAGAAGGUAACAAGAAACAAAGAUAAGCAGCUACAUUUAUGUUCGGAAAUUUCAGCAGCGGAAAAAAUUUUUAGUACUGCACAUAGGAAAGAAGAUCAUGUUUUCACUGAACUGAGUACUUGUCAACGCCCUGAAGAUUUAUUUGCUAUCGGAGUGAGAUAUCACAAACAUUGUUACCUUGAUUAUUUAAGAUUACCGAGAAGUUCUGAAUUGCCAGCUGGUCGACCUUCAAAUCAAAUCCCUAAAGAAAUACUUAUCGAUGCAUUUGACAAACUAAUAGAUGACAUUAAAGACCGGUUACCAACACAUUCUUUUGAAUUGCGUUUCUUAGCUCAACGACUCGCUGAACUUACAAAUAUUGAGGGUGCAGUGAUCGAAAAUCGUGUAGUGAAAUCACUACUUAUAGAUAAAUUUGGUGAAAACAUAUUAUUUUCUUACCCAACUGAUCGAUCAAAAUCAUCAUUAGCGUUUAUGGGAAAUAUACCAUUGCCGGAAAUAAUAGAACAUGUUCGGAACAUCAAUUCAAAAAACACCAUCAUUGAGACUGCAAAAGCAUUGCGUGAAGAAUUAUUAAAAACCGAAUUAAUACCUGGUGGAUACUUACGUGAUGAAAAUUUGAUUCAAAGAUUAUUAGAAAAUGGAAAAUUGCCACAAACAUUUGAAAUUUUUCUGCAAGCUUUGUUUAAUGCAAAAAACCAAAAGUUGAGCGCGAACUAUUAUAAAAGAGCAUUAUCUGUAUUUUAUGAUAUAUAUUUUAUAGUUACUGAAAAGCAGACACCAAAACAUAUAGCUUUAGCUGAAUCAAUUCAUCACUUAACUAGAUCAAAGCAACUGAUAAGUAUAUUAAAUAAGUUCGGGCAUUGCAUUAGCUAUAAAAAAUUACAAGAGCUUGGUUCAGAAUUAACAAUUUCAAUUGCGUGUGAAGAUGCAGAAAAAAUGUGA